AUGCAGGACAAGCUGCACAUCCUGGAGGACCUGAACAUGCUCUACAUCCGGCAGAUCGCCCUCAGCCUGGAGGGCACAGACCUCCAGAAGAGAAUUGACCACGAGAUCCGCAUGCGGGAGGGGGCCUGCAAGCUCUUGGCGGCCUGUACUCAGCGGCCGCAGGCGCUGGAGGUGACCAAGAGCCUCCUGGUCUGCAACAGCCGCAUCCUGGCCUACAUGGCAGAGUUGCAGCGCAUGAAGGAGGCGCAGGUGAUGCAGCACAUGGCUCGGCGUCCUUCUGAGGCUGGAUCCACGGACGGUCGCUUACCAUGUCGGGGCCGAAUCUGUGUCUCGGAUCUCCGGAUCCCCCUGAUGUGGAAGGACACGGAAUACUUCAAGAACAAGGGGGAUUUGCAUCGCUGCGCGGUGUUCUGCCUGCUGCAAAUCGGCACAGAAAUCUAUGACACGGAGAUGGUGCUGGUGGACCGGACACUGGCUGACAUCUGCUUUGAGACCUCGGUGCUCUUCACUGAGGCUGCUCCAGGCUUUGAGCUGAAGAUUGAGCUGUACAGUGCCGCCCUUGAGGAGGACUCGGCCCUUGGCGCCACCCCCAAGAAGCUCGCCAGCCGCCUGAGCAGCUCCCUGGGGCGGUCCUCGGGGAAGCAGAUGCGGGCUGCCCUGGAUGGGAGCAGCUCAGGCAGCAACGGGGGGUGCAGUCCGCUCUUGCUACCCCCAGCCCCCAGCACAGCGGGGCCCAAGUAUCAACUGCUGGCCUGUGCCCACCUCGGCCUUCCGCAAGUCCAGGACGCCUUUCGCACCCAUGACCUGCUCAUCACUGGCAACGAGGAGAGCUCCUUCUGGCUGCCCCUCUACGGCAGCCUCUGCUGUCGCGUGGUGGCCCAGCCCAGCUGCAUGGUGGAGCAGGUGAUGGCGGGCUUCCUGAAAGUGCAGCAGGGGGAGCAGCCGGACUGGCCGAGGCUUUUCUGCGUCCUGCGUGGCACCAACCUUCUCUGCUACCGGCGCCCUCAGGAUGCGGAGGGCCAGGAAGAGGCUGCCUUCACCAUUGCCAUCAACAAGGAGACGCGCAUCCGGGCCAGCGAGAAGAGCCCCAGGGGCCCCGUCCGCUGCAUGUCAGUCACUAACCACUACGGAGGUGAGGAAGUGACCCACACGCUGCAGGCAGAGUCCCCCGCGGAGGCCCAGCGCUGGAUGGAAGUCUUCUGGCAGCACUUCUACGACAUGAGCCAAUGGAAGCACUGCUGCGAUGAAGUGAUGACGGUGGAGGUGCCACCUCCGCGCCGGCCUCCGACGCUGCUGCCCAAACAGGGAUCCCUGUAUCACGAGAUGGCUCUCCCUGGCGCUGGGUGGCCACCCUCCAACUGCGAGGGGCUUCUGUUGCAGGACAACGCUGUCUCUGCAGAGAUUC